GGAUUUUUGUAGUGAAAGAAAAAGUCAUUUUGUUAUUUUUUUAAAUGGCUUGAGCCCUUAAGACUGCUCCAGAUAAAAAUUAUAAUUAAAGCAUGUUUUUCUUCCAUAUUGUCCUUGAAAAGGCUAAUUAUGAGAUGGAAAUAUUAUUUGAUAAAUUUGCAAUUUUGUUAUGAGCUAUUUACAGGUCGUGGUUUUAAUAUAUUUCCUGUUAAACAUACAACUUUAAUAUCUAACACAUUGAUGGUUAUUAAACCAAGUCAAUCAAUCAAUCAACCAAUGAAAGGGCAGGAUUCAGAGUCAAUAUGAAUGUUGUUUUACCCUAUUUAAACAAAAUCUUUACUUUUGGACAGCAAAUAGAUGAAAUUCUAUCCAAUAAGUUGCAUACCCUUGGACAAAAUUAACCCACACCCAGAGUCAUAAAUAAAAAAAAAACCAAAAAAAAACUUGUUUAUAAUUGGUGGUAGCCAACAUUCAGAGUUAACGCUAACGAGAUAAGCCACACAUGCCUGCAACACGGCGUUGGAGUAAUGUUUAGGAAGUGCCAUAAUAAAGCAUUACAUGCUGUGGCGCUACCCCCUCCAGAGGAUUUUGAAAUUAGCACAGUCAUCAAUCAGUUUCGGGUAAUUAUUAGAAAGCGUGUUGUACAGUAGAUAACGCCUUGCCGAGUCCUGAAUGUUCACUUGCAUACGAUAGACCUUGCGUUCAUUUCAUAUUCACAAGCUUCGUGCACUGACUUGGAUAACUUUUAUUAAAAAGGUCGCAGAAGUUCGGGACACAACAUGUCAAAGAGAUCGGCGGAUGAGGGUGACGCUCCAGGGGAUGGGUCUGUUAAGAAAUCAAAGACGACUCUGGAGUCUAGUCAAGUCCCAUCAAUGCCUAGCAACAUAAUUACACAGAUGAUGGACAUCGCAGAACCAAUGUCAUCGCUCAAGAAGUUACUUGAACACCGCCUGCAGUGCAAUCUCGAUGAACACGAGAUAUAUUUACAGAAUACAGCCAUGGUGGAUGGAAGCAAAAGUCUGCUUGAGCAGGGAGUAUCUGCAGAGGGUAUUGUUCAAUUUAGUGUGCAAGUUAUUUCAAGUCUGGGUGCCAAACCAAGGUUGAACAUUGUGGACAUUGUAAAACCAAUUAUUGAAACAGUAGAGAUUCCAAUAGACCCAGCACAACAAGAUGUAGCAACGGCUGAUGAAAUUAGUGAAUCAGAUGGUCAGGUGACCAGAUGGGUGUUAUGUAAUAGCUACAGGGACGAGGAGGAGAAACAUGGAAUACCUCAUAAUCCCUGUCUUUGGAGUGUUGAUGACACUGUUCAUUGGUUAAAUUGGGCGAGCAAUGAAUUCAACAUCGCCCUGGGAGACCGAGUGAGUCAACUGAAGAUGAAAGGCAGCGAGUUGUGUGGUCUCUCCAAAGAAUCAUUCUUAUCCAAACUGUCAAAACCAGCUGGUGAACUGGUGUGGACUCACCUACAACUACUUAAAAAAUCUGUUGGACAGACUAUACAGAAUACAACUGCAACCAUCGAAGAACCUGUCCCAUUGGUUGCUUCUGAAGUGGUUGCAAAUGUAGCUACUGUGAAGACCAGCAGUAAAACAACACAUUCCCCUCGUAUAACAGCCCACAGCGGUGACGAGAAGCUUUCACCUGGAAACAGGACAGGUAACAACGGCCAAAUACAACUGUGGCAGUUCCUCUUGGAGUUACUGACGGACAAAGAUUCACGCGACUGCAUCUGCUGGGUCGGGGACAACGGGGAGUUCAAGCUGAUUGACCCCGAGAUGGUUGCUCAACGAUGGGGUGCCAGAAAGAACAAGCCGUUGAUGAACUACGAGAAGUUGAGUAGAGCUCUGCGUUACUAUUAUGACGGCGACAUGAUAGCCAAGGUUCACGGCAAACGGUUCGUUUACAAGUUUGUGUGUGAUCUACGCAAUCUGCUGGGAUACAGUGCUGCUGAGCUGAAUAAGCUGGUCGUUGAAUGCGAACAGCGUAUUUUAAAGAAGAGGAUGCACUCAUCAGCCGGUCAGAAGAAUUGAACGUUCUGUGUCCUGUCGUGACCUUGCCUCAGAAAACUGAAAUAAAUGGUUGAUGUAAAAUGGAAAGCUGGAUCAGAUAUGUUGAAAUUUGCAUCAUUUGUCAGUAGACUUUGAUAGGGCUGAGCCCUUGUUACCUGGAGUUGCUUGCGAAUCAUUGUGAAUUUGCGUAACACGCAAUCGAUGCUGGAUACUGCUACUGGUUACCAUGGGAUUGAAUGUUUCAAUGAUGCUCUAGUCUAUUUUAAGAUUAAGUAUGUGCUUAUGGUUAACAUUUCUUAAUAAGUGUUUUUGAAUAUUACAAUUACAUGCUUCUUUGUGAAAAUAAUGUUCAUUUCUGGUACAAGUAUUAUCAAUGGUAAUUUCAUCUUUGUAUUCUGAUACAGUACUACCAAUAUAAUUGGUAGACAAUACUUUUGGAUUACAGAUAGAUUGCAUAUGUAGUUAUAAUUUUGACUGAGGGCAAAGAAAUGUUCACAUAACUGUACUGUACUGUAAAGUAUGUACAUAAAAUGUAGGGGUCAGCAUCCAAAAUGUGUAUUAAGAACGGUAGAGGGCAGCAUUCAAUUUGUGUAUUACAAACUGUAGAGAGCAGCAUCCAAAAUGUGAAUUACAAACAGUAGAGGGCAGCCUUAAACAUGCUGAACCUCAAAAUAUAGUUACAAAAUGAUAUGCUUGCAGUAGAUAUGUGCACCUUAAAAAUGUUAUUUUUUAACUAAUGCUGUUAUUUGUUAAAUAAUUGCACCAUUACCAGAGGCAUCAUGGGAAGCUUUUGGAACGAAGCAAAUGAAGACUGAGUUUAUAAAUUUUUUGGUUAGUGCUUAAAGAUUUGAAUACUUCAUUUAUAUAAUAGAAUCACUUCUGGUUCAUUGAAAAGGCUAAAUUUAUUCAAAGAUGAUGGUGAAAAAAAUGACAUCAUCAAAUUCAAGUAAUAUGUUGAUAAUUUGUAAAUACUGUAAAACUGCUUUUGUAUUAUUGAAACCGUUAGUUAUACUUACUACAUGAUUUUGAUAUCGCCAUGCUGUAAUUAUGGAAAUGGAACUGUUAGUAGCUUAGUUUUUAACUAUAUCCACUGUAAAUAAGUUGUUGACAUUUGUGGAUAUCGGUGCUUUCGGACUCUAUUGUAAACAAAUUAGAUGUCUGUUGAUUUUUGAAUCGAAGAUCCUGUAAUUACAGAUAAGCACACUUUCAUUUUUCACAUGCAUUAUAUAUAAUAUCUCUGUAUCUAAAGCGCCCAGUAGCUAAAGAGUAGAAGUUAUGAGUUUAAGUAUGUCAAUUAUUUAGAGAAUACUUAUUAGUUUACUGGAAGCAAAGCUUUGAAUGAUGAAAUUAUUUUCCUGUUUAAAAAAUUAUUUAAACCAUUUACAAGCAAUAUGUAAUUCAAAAUCUAUCACUGUAAAUGAAAUCAUAUGUUCAUGAAAGGCUGGUUUAUGACAAUUUUUUUUCCUAGUCAAUUUAUUUUUUUAAAUAGAACAGCUUAUUAACUUGUAUCUUACCCAGCAACGUUCCACAUACUGUGGGUCACGACCCAUCAGUGGGUCUCAAAAAUAGUUUGGUUGGCCACAAACUCGAAAAAAAUCAUCAAAAAUCAGCUAUCUGUAGUCUGUCACUAUCACUCCAUCAUCCUACAUGAAAACACUUGUUAUUUUGUAAUAAUAUUCAGUGUUAAACUUGACCAUCUAACUUAAGAAUUUGUUAAUUACUAAUUAAAAUUUAUUUAUUUAUCAUCGUUAAUUAACACCAGUGGAAGGGUAUCCUUACAAUACUUUCAUGUGAUUUACUAUUA